AUGGACGACCAGGUCAGCAACCUCGCAGCAAAGGCGUUUGCCAAGUACAACAGCCUCCCCCCAAAUCAACGCCUGCUCAUCGGCAUAAGCGGCAUUCCAGGCUCAGGCAAGACGACCCUGUCUCGCAUCCUCGCCCGCAGGUUGAAUGAACUCGCGCUCGAGGCACAGCCCGGGGCUCCCGCCCCCGCAACGUCCGUCCCCAUGGACGGCUUCCACCUCACCCGCGCCGCUCUGUCCGCCAUGCCCGACCCGGAGGCUGCGCACGCCCGGCGCGGCGCCGCAUUCACCUUUGACGCCGGCGGCUUCCUCGCCCUGAUGCAGAAGCUGCGUGCGCCCGUCGCGGCGCCUGGCGCCGAUGUUCUCGCGCCGUCCUUCAACCACGCCGUCAAGGAUCCCGUCGAGGACGACAUCAUCGUGCUCGCCACGCACAGGAUCGUCGUCUUGGAGGGCAACUACCUCGCUCUGGACAGGGCUGUCUGGAGAGACGCCGCGAAGCUCUUUGACGAGCUGUGGUUCGUAGAGGUCGACUUUGAGGUGGCGAGGAAAAGGCUGAGAGAGCGCCAUGUUCGUGCCGGGAUCGCGGACACGCUCGAGGAGGGCGACAGGAGGGCGAUGGAGAACGAUCUCGUGAAUGGGCGGGACAUUAUCGAGCAUCGCUUACGAGUAGACCAGGUGGUUUACAGUAAGGAAGACUGUUCAUGGGUUCACGAAUGA